CUGGCGGCGGUGCAAGUGGCGGUGGUGUUGCUGGUGUUGCUGGAGGUGGCACGGCCGGCCCUGAUCCCAAUAUAUUCGUCAAGAUCCAAGUCAAGGACGACGAGGACGAGGAGGAGGACGAGGAUCCUUGCAGCUCCCCUGAACCAGACCUCGACAUCAAGCCGGAACCAAUGGAGGUUCAAGCCUCGGCCGUCACCGCGGCGGCCGCGAAUCUUCAUGCUCUGCGACAGCAUGUCUUCAAGAUGUCCGACUACUGGCACCAACCGCAACGAGGGCCGCCUCAGCUCUCGCCAGGGAUGCAGCACAGUCCUAUCUCCAACUCGACUCAGCCGCACCAGCAACACCAGCAGCAAGUGCCACAGAUGCACAGCCCACUUGGCCAACAGCAACAACAACAGCAGCAGCAGCAGCAGCAGCAGCAGCAACAGCAGCAGCAGCAGCAAGAGCAACAGCAGCAACAGCAGCAGCCGACGAGCGUCACUCAGAUGCAGCAGACCGCUAACACGGGUUUAGGACAGACCGCCAGCCAGCAGCAACAGAUGCAGCAGCAACAACAGCACGCCAUGUCUAUGAGCCAGCAGACGACUCCGGGUGCACAGGCACUGAAUCAGAACUUGGGACAGGCGUUGACGCAGGCCCUCACCCACAACAUGCAACAAAAUCUUGGACAAACUUUGCAGCACAAUCUCGCGCAAAGUCUGACGUCGAGUCUGGCGCAGCAGCAACACCAACAGUUGCUCAAUCAGCCGCAGAACCUUAGUCAGGCUAGCCAGAACCUGCAACAGAACAUCCAGAGCCAGGCGCAGAAUUUGUCCCAGUCGUUGCAACAGCAGGCGCAAAAUUUGACCCAGAACCUCGACCAGAGCCUAAGCCAGCAGGCGCUUCAGCAACAAGAGGCGCAAAACCUCACGCAGAAUCUGCAGCAACAGGCUCAGAAUCUGACGCAAAAUCUGCAACAACAGGCGUUGAACAUGGCCGGCAGCAUCGCUCAAAACGGCGCCCUGGCCAGAAUGGACAUGUCGACCAAUCAGCAACAGGGCACCCCGAACUCGAUGCUGAGUCAAGGCGCUACCAGCCAGGACUCCCACGACUCCAGUCUGACAGAAAAAUUCGUCAACGAGCUGCAGUCUCGUAACCCUUCGGCGGGACUUGGAGGUGCGGGAGGCGCCGGCGGAGGUGGAGGAAUGGUCAACAUCAGCGAACGCACCCUCGAGGAAUGCUGGUCCACCCUGCAACGAUUCUUCUCGCAGAUCAUCAUGCACAAGAGCGCGAUGCAGAUGCACGCGGGGAGAGCUGGCGGCGGCAUGACGGGCGGACUGGCAUCCUUAGGGCCGAUCGGCGUCGGACCAGGCGGCAUGAUCACCGGGAACGAGGUAAAGCCACACCAGUGCCAGCAAUGCCUCAAGUCAUUCUCCAGCAACCACCAGCUCGUACAGCACAUCAGGGUCCACACCGGCGAGAAACCGUACAAAUGCAGCUAUUGCGACCGCAGGUUCAAGCAGCUCAGCCAUGUACAGCAACAUACCCGCCUGCAUACGGGUGAACGUCCGUACAAGUGCCAUCUACCGGAUUGCGGGCGGGCAUUCAUUCAAUUGUCGAAUUUGCAGCAACACCUUCGAAAUCACGACGCCCAGGUGGAACGGGCGAAGAACAGGCCGUUCCAUUGCACCAUCUGCGGCAAAGGCUUCGCCACAGAAUCCAGCCUUCGUACCCACACUUCGAAGUGUUCCAAGUACCCAUGGCAACUAUUAAAGCAACACGCCGCCCUGAUCGGCGGCCCGAACGCAACCAGCUGUCCUGUCUGCCACAAACUCUUCCUCGGUGGCGAAGCUCUCAUGGAGCACAUGAAGCACACCCACAAGGAUCCGAAUGCCUCCGGCGUUGCCAUUACCUCCGCUGACUCUGACUGCACAACCUCCGUUGCCGGGAUUUACAUAGCGAAGCGACGGACCGCCAACCACCCGUGUCCAGUGUGCGGAAAACACUACGUCAACGAGGGUAGUCUUAGGAAACACCUGGCCUGUCAUCCUGAGACCAGUCAACUAAGCACAAGCCUCAGGAUGUGGCCGUGCUCGGUGUGCCAAGCCGUCUUCACUCAUGAGGGCGGUUUGUUGAGUCACAUGGAGCACAUGAGAAUGGACCCGAAGCAUCAGUUCGCGGCGCAGUACGUUUUAAGUCGCGCCGCCGCCGAGAGGCGGGAGAGAGAAAUCCUUGCGUCUUCGAGUCUAGGUGCGGGUUUGGGAGUGUUGGGAAGCCCAUCAGGCGGACCUCAAAAUUUGCAACAACCACCAAUGUGCCCUUCGCCGUCGGCUCAUUCGGACAGCAGCAGCGGAAAUGGAAAAUUAUCGUCGGCCGGUAGUGAACCUGGUACGCUCCGACAUGUGUAUCUUCUGUCGAAUAAUAAUCACGAUUAGAUGAUACAAAUGAUAUCGGCGUAACCAGUUUUAUCGUAAUUUCCUCGUGCUGGAACAGCGACACGGAUUUUCGUCGUGUCUACCCCGAAGGAAAGGCUGUCGGUCUGUCGAUUGAUGAAAAAAUGCGUUUUUCUUUCUUCUGUUUCGCCUGUAGGCUUGCAAAAUUCAGUGUCGUCGAAUUUGUCGUCGGUGGACAUGGCGUCACUGGCGGCGGCAAUGAGAAUGGGAAACAACGGUGACAUGAGCGGCGGUGCGCAAGGAUCAACGGGACCGCAACAGCAAGGAGUGCAAACAACCGGACCAGAACAAACUCUGAGGAUGCAUCAGGCGGAAGCCUUGUUGCGUUCGCAGGCUGAAGCCGCGCUUAGACUGGCUGUGUCGCAGGCAGCAGCGGCUGCGGCCAGUUCCGCGGUUGGCGGAGACGUGAGGCAUCAUUUGGGACAGCAUAACGGAGGUAGUACCUCCGGUAUGCCUGGACACCAUACGAACCAACAGAUGUCUCAGCAAGACACAUUACCGCCUGACCUUGGGGAAGCGCUGCGAUUACAAGAACAGCGAUUAGAACAAGCCCUGAGGCUUCACGGUGAUCCUCGAGCCUUAAGUUUCACUCUCCAGCACGUCGUCAAUCAGCAGAACAAUCAGCAACCAUGAAAAUUCAGUUACUACUGAGACGAGUGGACCCCUUGGACGUCAGAUCAGACGAGCCUUCAGCAAGCUGAACGUCUCAAUCAGCAACAAUCAUUGCAAAUAACUGAGCUUCCAGCAACUCUCAACGAGCAACAGCAGCAAGGUUCGUCUGGUAUCGGUCUUCAUCCUCAUCAACAACAACAACAGCAGCAGCAGCAGCAACAACAGCAGCAACAGCAACAGCAGCAGCAGCAGCAUCCUGAAGACCGUGGUGUCAAGAGGAAGGCCGACGAGAUGAUCGGUAACUCUGACAACGUGUAAAGAACGACGUACAUCGACGAUAAACCGUCAGAACAGUUUGUCGUUUUCUACGUCAGUUCCACAACACAGGCGUCCAAGUGUGGUCACCCGCGAAAUCACUCCUGUCUCAGCAGUAGAAACGAAUUAUUCGAAUAACGAGGCCCUCUCCGUGGGGUCUUUCAAAUCUAACCAUUUUCACUGUGGCCGACGAUUCACGUUCAGGAAAUAUGUUCGUUAUGGUCGAUGCGAUAGUGAAAAUUGAACACUUCUGUCUGAUCCGUCAGAGGGGAGUAGAAAACGGUCAUACGUAUCUAGAAAUCCGUUAGACGGUGCGUGAUAAGGUGCAGCAGUGGCAAUGAUCAUUCUAGCAGCACGCGAUUCUUUCGCGUGGAUCACGUUGUUCCUAUACUUCGGUCCUGGGAUUCAGAGUUCCUAGAACGGCAAAGCUCGCCGAACGAGAAGGUCCUCGCCCGUUUCGAGAGAGAGAAAAAGAAAAAAAAAAAACAAACGAAAUAACCGAGCUUCUUCUUACUCGUGUGUGUAGUGAAAAAACGAUCGUCGAUUUUCUCUUUCGCGCGGUAUUCAUUGUUUCGUCGAGUCGCUCUUCGAGAAUUCACAGGACGGACAUUGUCAUUCUCGUGGCUGCACCGAAUCACCCCUGAGACGUGCCAUAAUAAUAUUGAAAUGAAACUGCAUACCGACACGUUCACGCUGGUCUAC